CAGAAAGUGGGCAGGGUCAAAUGACGUCGUUACCACUACACACACACACACAGGAGGAGGAGGAUGGGAAACACGGGUAUAGAGGGAAACAGGAACAGAAAGUGAAGACUUGUCAAGAUGUCUUGGUGAGUGAGAACAGAACAGAGCAGAGGGCAGAUGCCAAAACACCAUUAUCAGACGCCUGAGCAGCUGACUGGAUUAGACUAACGGGAGAUCUGACCUACUAACGCCUAAGGGGCGGGACACUUGGAAGGAUCAGUCCUGAAUUCUUAAUGACUUCUCUGCAAUAUUAAUGAAAGGAAAGCUUAAGAAAAGAAACACGCCGAGGGAUCAGCGCGGCGAAAAAGACGAGAGGACGGACGUGGACUCCGGAAAAUAUUUGAAAAUCCUCGUCUCGACAGAGAAAAGCAAACAAUAGAAGUGCCGGUCGAGUGAGAAAACGGGACUCUUUCAAAGUGACAUUCAAGAAGUUUCAGACGGAGCAGCAUCUCCAGGAAACUUCCUUCCUAUCCAUGAAGCAUGUAAAAGCUCAGCGUCAAGUCAUCAGAAAUAUUAGAAAAUAUUCUGCUUAAUUCAUUAAAACUGAAAUUCAAAGAAACUUCACUUCCACUUCUAUUGAAACUUCCCAACAGAACCAUGGAAUGGAAGAUUGACAGCAUCCAGGAUUUUUUCAACCAACUUUGGAGCUUUGUGACAGACAAACACAACCAGGGGGUUUACAACACAAUCUGCCUGGCGGUCGUCCUGACGCUCCCCCUGCUCGUCCUCCUCACCGCAGUGCUGGUGUGCUGCCACUGCUGCUGCUGUCGCCAUGCCAACAGCUGCUGCCGCUGCUGUGGAGACACCGCAACAACCUCAAGGUUGGAAACAAAGAAGAAAAAAAACUCCAGCAACAAUGAAGACUUGUGGAUUUCUGUAAAGACGGUACCCAUGACGCCUGACAGAGUGGCACUGACUAUGGUGUGAGAGCCUCAACUUUCAGAUGUGGCGAAUAAUCCCAGGCCAGUUCAUGCAGGGAGAAUGUUAAGACAUUUUUAUCAUAAGAAAACCUUUACAGAUGUGACAAAAUGUAUUAAAAGUGUGUAUAAUUCAGGAAAUUCCUAUAUUCUUGUGAGUUUUGUUUUUUCGACGAUGUUUACAAUAUAUAUUUUUUUUAUUCUGAAAGUUGUCUGUAGACAGAAGCACCCACCUGCGAGUGUGAGUAAGUGUGUGUUCGUCAGUGUGUGGGUGAGUGAGCGUUAGAGGUGCAGAGCACUUUGUUCCUAGAGCUCCCAUGUGAAAUUCAUUGUGUCUGAGAGGGAGCCAAUUUGAGCUCUGCCCGGUGUUCAAAUAGUUGUAUUUCUGCCUACUUUUCAGAUUCAGGCUGCAAUGGAUCCACAGAUUGUCUCUCCUCGUCUUGAAUAAAAGGCACUGACAUCUAAAAGCCGCAUUACUGCCUACAGAAUAGUAAAAGAAACAACCUUUAGCGGUCUUUGUGUAGAUAUUUUCAUCAUUCAUCACUGCACACCAGAGGGUUCACUUGUUUUUUCGAGAACUUCAAAGACCCACUCCAAUGAAAAUUGUGUUUUUAAUGUGGCAUUUUUCUCAUAUAUGAAGAAAAUUUGAUCAUUUUUUAAUUCAAAUUGUUGUGAAUCAGUUGGAAAACGGCUGCAGGUGUGAGGUAGAGGCUACUACAGUAAAGUUGAGUACUUUUGAAGUAAGCUUGCAGGAGAGUGGAAAAACAGAUGCAUGAUGGGGAAGGGGGCGGGCUUACUCCACUCCAACAGUCCCGCCCACAACCUUGAAGUGAAUUUCUUUCUGCAGAAACUCCUCGAAAAUAAUGCAAGUUUUUCGAUUUUAGUAAAAAAAAAAAAAAACGAUAUUAUAAUACUUAAAAACCACCAGGAACACUUGAAAAUACAUCAAAAUAUAAUCGGAGUGAGACUUUAAAAACUUUUCUCAACAUUGGGAGGAAGGAAUGUGUUACAGUUUAUUAAAUAUUGUCCAUUUGUGUAUAUUUUUUUCAUUUUAUUUAAAGUUGUAUUAUAUUCUCUACUUCAAAUUAACAAUUUAAAGCCUAAACUGUCUUUCGAUUCUUUAUUUUAUAACCUUAAGAAAUUAAAAAAUAGAGAAACAAAAAUGUGUACACUUCCUGUGCAGCAGAUGUAUUUAUUUUUGGAAGGUUACAUCUGAAUUAAAUGUCUUUUUUCCUGUCUGGAGUUUCCUAACCCCCAUUAAAAUGAGUUUGAGGAUGCAUGACUGACUUCACACUUGAGUGUUCAUGCUAAAUAUUUUUAGCUAGAGUUAGGAAGUCAUUGCAAUAUAUAUAUUUAUAUAUAUAUUUUACUUUUAGUCCGUUUUUUUUUUUAUAAUGCAAAAGUUAAAAUUGUUACAGCACAUGUGUUUACAAUAUUUAUUAAAGGUUUUCAAAAUAUGAGUCUUAAGGCACGUGGUGUUCUCUUAAUUUUUUUGUUUUGUCAAGUUAAAGGAAGAGUAAUUUUAAAGUUUUGAACAGAAAAAAAAAAAAAAAAA